UGGUUGAUUUUGCGAUCAAGGCUGAACCCAAAAAAAUAUCGAAGCACUUGCAAGGACAAUCACGUUUCUGCCUUUACGCUUCAUCGCUAUGGAAACUCUAAGCUCUUCCGCUUCAAUUGUUUCCUCAUCUUCUUCUCCCCUCUCUAUCUUCUCCACCAAGACCACUAAAAACUCACCAACGAGGCUUCUCCGAUUCCAAUCUCCUUCCAAAAAGAACGGUAAAGACUCCGAUCUCCAAUCAAACUCCGAUGAGACAAGCAUCGUCCCUCUUUUCGGCAACCAAACACUCUCCAAGGAGGAUGCGAUGGGAUUAGUACUGAGUGCCGCUUCAGUGAGAGGAUGGACAACAGGUUCUGGUAUGGAAGGUCCGUCGGUGCCAGCUGGAGCUGAGGACGGAUCCAGUACGGAGAAGGUAUCGACUUUCCCCUGGUCUCUUUUCACAAAAUCUCCACGUAGACGCAUGCGCGUUGCUUUCACUUGUAAUGUUUGUGGUCAGAGAACCACUCGUGCUAUCAAUCCUCAUGCUUAUACUGAUGGCACCGUCUUUGUGCAGUGCUGUGGUUGCAAUGUGUUUCAUAAGUUGGUGGAUAAUUUGAAUCUGUUUCAUGAGAUGAAGUGUUAUGUGAAUCCAAGUUUCAAUUACAGAGAUCCCAAAUGGGAUAUAGGCGGCUUCAAAUUCUUUGAUAUGGAUGAUGAAGAUAAUAACAAUGUGUUUCCUGUCUAAAGAGAUGAAAUAAUGUCAUGUAUACCGUACAUUUCUUCUGUUAAAUCGUGAAGAUGAUGUUGUACAUAAUUGCUAAUUCUAUAUGGGUUAGUGUAAUUAAAUAAGUUAUUGUAUUCAGUAAAAGUUGGUAAAUUUAUGUAUUAGAUCAUAGAAUAUAUUGGAAAAACAUGGAACUUUAUAUUGAUAGGGCAGUUCUAUAGCAGUAUAUUGCAUACUUUGCAGAUUGGAAAUGCUCCUGAAAUGUGGUUCAAAUUUGGUAUUUCUUUA